AUGGAUUCCUCAAUAAAAAGGUCUUUAACACGAAUCGGAAGUCCACAGCCACUAAGGGCAGCUUCUGAUACCUUGUCCACAACUAACACUCUUACACCAACUCCAGAACCACCAAAAAAUCAAACUAGUAGUACAGCUCCUUCAAACCGACAAAAUGUGAAGGUUACGGUUAGAGUGAGACCUCCGAACGCCGUAGAAAUGAGCAGAGGUGAAACAGAAAUUUGGGAAGUUAACGGCCCACUUGGCAAAGUGAACAUACAACCGGAUUAUAUGGAGCGAUACAGAAAACAAAUGGCCGAAUAUUAUUAUGACGAAGUGUUCACUGGUAGUGAUAACAAACUAUUAUUUGAAAGAGGCGUGCGAGAUACUGUUAGGUCAACUAUGGAAGGCUAUAACGGCACCGUAUUUGCUUAUGGACAGACUUCCUCUGGAAAGACUUUUACUAUGGUACGAAUUCUCAAGACUUUAAUUUCGUUAAAAAAAAUGUAUAUAGUUUCAAUUGAUAAUGAAAUAAUAUGUACGGAGUCACAACCAGGAGUUAUUCCACAAGCUGUCGAUUCCGUAUUUGAAUACAUCAAGGAGUGUAAAGAGAAAGAGUUUUUACUUCGGGUUUCUUAUAUGGAGAUAUAUAAUGAGACCGUACGCGAUUUAUUAUGUCCCGAGACAGAUGAUUUACGAAUUCACGAAGACAAGCGUCGUGGUGUAUAUGUAAGUCCUCUAAAAGAGGUCGUGGUGUCGACACCUAAACAAGUUAUGAAAGAAAUUUUAAAAGGAGAAGCCAAUCGCCAUAUGAGUUCAACUGAUUGGAACGAAAGAAGUAGUCGGUCUCAUACCAUUUUUCAGAUGGUGGUUGAAAGUACUGCCAAAGGUUCAUUGCCACCUAGACCAAAUCGAUAUUCUACAUUAGGACAAAAACAAUCCGCAUCUGUUUCAAUAUCUGUUUUGAAUUUAAUAGACUUAGCUGGUUCUGAAAAGGCAGCUAGUUCAGCCGAUCGUCGAAAAGAAGGUGCUUUUAUUAAUAAAAGUCUUUUGACACUUGGUACGGUGAUCUCUAAGUUGACGGACAGCUCUGGUGGUCAUAUCCCAUUUCGUGAUUCAAAAUUGACUCGAAUUCUUCAGAAUUCUCUCAGUGGGAAUGCUCGGGUUGCUGUAAUUUGUACUAUAUCUCCCUCUGCGAUAAAUCACGAAGAGUCACAGAACACCUUAAAAUUUGCGGCUAGAAUAAAAAAAGUGGUUACUAGAGCACAGACAAACACGGUAAUGGAUGAUAAAGCUCUAUUGCAGAAAUAUCGUAUGGAAAUUGAAGAGCUUAAAACUAAACUUGAAAGAACUAAUGAUUCAAACCAUCAAGAGAAGGAGUCAGAGUUAUCUCAAAUGUUGCAACAAGAAAAAGCUAAACAUGAAGAAGAAAUGAUGGAAGCACAAUUGGUUCGAACAGCUUUGAAAGAAAGAAUCGAUCAUCUUACCAAGUUAAUCUUGACAAAUUCGUCUUUCUCGGGUAGUGCACAACAACCAACUGCGACACGUAAACCGGUAAUCGAUCACGCUAGUAGUGUUGGACAGGUUAGUGAAUUUGAUCAACUCGAAAGUCAAGUUGAAGCAAAGAAUGUGACAAUCAACCUACUUAAAUCUGAUGUUGAGAGCAAGAAUCAGAUGAUUGAACAAUUAAAAACUGCAAAUCAAAAGGCAGAACAAUCUAUAAAAGGAUUAAAUAAUAGAUUAAAAGCAAAAGAUGAAGAAUUGCAAAACCUUCAUAAUGAAAACCGUAAGUUAAAAACUGUUAUUGAAGAACAAAUAGGGAAGAUUAGAAAAUAUGAAGACGAUGGAAAAAUCAAUGGACACUCGCGUAGUGGAAGCCGAGAAUAUAAUGAAUUGAGCAAGACUAUACAAAGGCAACGUAACAUUAUCAACGAGCUAGAAGAGGAAAUCAAAGCGAACAAGUUGAUUAUUGCCAAUCAAAAAGAAAUGCUUCAUCGGGCAGAGCUUUCGCAGCUAAAAAAUAAUGCGUCGAUUAAUCGUGUUAACGAGCGUCGGAUGGAAAGUGAUGAAUAUUCAACUCUAACUCGGGAGAAUACGCGGGGUAAUGGUUCGGGUAAUGGAAAGAGUCUUGUGUUGAAAAACCAUUGUUUAAUUACCGAUGAAGCGAUUCUUAUUUUCUUGUUACUUGCAUUUUCGAUUUUUAAAAUAGUCGAUUGA